AUGCAGGUGGGCAUAUACGACAGGGAUGACCAGAUGUGUCAGUACGAGGGGUGCACUGAAAUUGAUCUGCUGCCGGCUCAGUGUUCCCAUUGCCACAAGCGCUUCUGCUCCCACCACCUCGCGCAGAGCGCACACCACUGCCCUGCGGUGGUGGACGUGCGGGUGGGCACCUGCCCUGUGUGUCUCCGUGUGGUGCCGCUGGAGUACCCGCGUCAGAACGUGGACGAGGCGGUGUCGCGCCACCUCGACCGCGGGUGCCGCGACGUGCCGCAGGGGAGCUCCGUGGCGGGCCGUAAAGGAACUGGCGCCGGUGGUGGUCGCCGGCUGGGCGGUGGGCCGCGUCCGUGCAGCGUGAAGGGAUGUGAAGAGAAGUCCGAGAUGCGGGUGAAGUGCGAUCAGUGUGGGGAGGUCUUCUGCCUCCAACACCGCGGCCCCCUUCAGCACCACUGCCGGGCCGCGGCCGCACGGAAAGCCUCGGCCUCGCCCAGCAAACGCAACGACAACGCAGAGGUGCUACCGGUGCUUGGCACGAAGGCCGCCACGGUGGUGCGUUUGCUGACGCACCCCAUAAACUCGCCCGAUAAGGCGGUAGGCAAGGAAACGGAGCUGCCGUCAGAUAUGGUGACCUGUCUCGUCUGCUUUCUCAUCCCUACGUCCACCUCCAAGGAUGUGUCGGACGAGAACUGCGAGGGCUUUGCUCCUGUUCCAUCUUUUUUCAUGUACACGGCGAAGAACCUUGCCUUGGGGCGUGUGCUGGACACGGCGGUAGAUCGUGCCGCGAUGAACUCCCCUGCCGUACGGACCGGCAAGCCGUGGAAGCUGUUCACCGUGACGCUUCCCAUUCACAAAGAGGCGCGGUCUUCGCUGUACCCGGCAGUGCCGCUGUCGACUGUAGUGGGAAAGAGCCCGGCAGGCAAGGCAGAACACACUAUCUUGUUCCUCACACCGCUGGCCACGCUGCCAGAUUGCGUCGUGGAGGCGGUGAAGGACUUGGAGCGAAAAGGGACAGUCUGGCCAGAGUCGCGUUCUUCGGCCUCCGGUGAUGGAUGCGGGCUCAUGUAG